AGGGCUGCGCCCACCCCUUGUGUAAGCAAUUUAAACCUGAUAGGAGAUCAUCAGCUAUCUGCAGCCACUGCAGACCGAGGGAGAGCAUCAGGCUGUGUCUGCAGCGCUACACAUCUCGCUCCACGAUGCUUUGACUCACUUGCUCAAGACACUUGCGUCGCGUCACUUCAGAGAUUUUUAAUCUGGGAGAGUAAAUAACCAAUUUGCUCGGACCGCCUCAGCACUCGAUGCACUCUGUUUCAUUUAUUUGUUGUUAAACCGAAGACAAUUGCCUGAACGAAUGAGUGUAUCAAUACAAAUUUUGUAAUAUGAACUUAUUGCCAAGUGGAAUAUGUUUUUAUCUGUCCGUGGCAAUUUGCUGGUUCACAUCAAGGGUCGACGCAUCGUGGUGGUACAUGGGCACUCUUGGACCACAAGUGAUGUGCGACAACAUCCCGGGCUUAAUUAACAAACAACGCCAGUUGUGCCGCCAGCAUCCCAAGGUGAUGCAGGCUAUUGGAGCUGGAAUUAAAAACUGGAUCGGAGAAUGUCAGCACCAGUUCAGAAACCACCGAUGGAAUUGCAAUACCAUGGCGCGCGAGCACAAUCUUUUUGGAAGGCUUUUGCAUCGAAGCAGUCGCGAGGCCGCCUUUGUCUAUGCCAUCUCAUCAGCUGGUAUGGUCUACACCUUGACCAGGGCGUGCAGUCAGGGGGAACUAGAAAACUGCUCUUGCGACCCUGGCAAAAAGGGCUCAUCUCGUGAUGCCAAGGGAGUUUUCGACUGGGGUGGGUGCAGCGAUCAUGUUGACCACGCAAUCAAGUUCACUCAGGUCUUCAUUGAUGCCAAGGAGAGGAAGGAGAGAGAUGCACGGGCGCUCAUGAACUUGCACAACAACCGUGCAGGGAGGAAGGCGGUAAAGCGCUUUAUGAACCUAGAGUGUAAGUGUCAUGGUGUCAGUGGCUCAUGCAAUGUACGCACCUGCUGGUUAGCCAUGGCAGACUUCAGGCAGACCGGUGACUAUCUCCGCAAAAAGUACAACAGUGCCAUUCAGGUGGUGAUGAACCAGUAUGGAACAGGCUUCACCAGUGCCUACAGGAUGUUUAAGAGGCCUACCAAAAAUGACCUAGUCUACUUUGAAGACUCACCUGACUACUGUAUAUGGGACCAUGAGUCUGGUUCUGUGGGCACUGGUGGGCGAGUGUGCAACCGCACGUCCCGUGGGGCUGACAGCUGUGAGGUCAUGUGUUGUGGGCGGGGCUAUGACACAUCACGCAUGAGCCGCACCACCAAAUGUGAGUGCAAGUUCCACUGGUGUUGUGCUGUUCACUGCAGGGACUGCCAAGAGGAGGUAGAUGUGCAUACCUGCAAAACCCAGUCAUGACCCCACCACUCCUGCACUUCAGUAGCCAUCCAGAGUAAAGAUCCCAUCUCAAACCUUUGACUUUUUACAUUGCUUUUCUGUGGCAAAUUAGAUAAAAGUCUAUUCAGCAUGGCAGACACAAAUGACCAGCAACUAUUCAGAUUUGUUGUAUCACAACUUUGUGAAGUCUUAAGUAGUUUUACCAUCUUAUUAUUUUUCCCCAUCAUAACACACAUAUUUAUUACAGCUUUGAAGCAUUGUAAUGCUUAUCUUUAAUGUAUUUCAUAUUUUGAAAUGUAAAUACAAACUGUGUAAUUUAAAAUAAAACUUACUUGUAUGUUAUGUUUAAUAGUUGUCCGUAAAAGUUUUGUUGUCUUAUUUUCCAGUAAAGAUCAGAAACUAUAUUUGUUUUAGAUGUUUGACAUGUUAACUGAUAUUUUUUCAUAUGUCUGUUGUACAAAUAAUUCAUAACUAGACUGAGUAAACAUCAUUAUUUUGGAAAACACUUUUUGUGUCUGAAGGAUAUUCAGUCAGUGUAAAGCCAAGUAAAAGUUUUCCUUUCCGAUUCAUUCCUUCAGUGGCUCCAAAUAAGACCCAGAUUAUAUUAGACAUAUUAUUAUUAUUGUGCAAUAUUUGUACAGGCGGAGGUGAAUUUUGAUAAUCAAACAAUGAACCAUGAAAAUAAAUGAAAACAUGAAAAUAGAAACAACAGAAAAUGGCAAAACUCUUUUAAUCUGAAAACUCUUUUAAUUUGUAAAGACCAUAGCCUUAUUAUGCAUAUUUUAGCAUUGCUCUUAAAAUUUAACAGUAUAUUGCUUGAAAAUGGUAAAUGGUAAAAUGUAUUCCGCCUCAACAAGGGAUAUUGUUUCG